UGUUGUUGCCGAGUUGUACUGCGUCGCCAGGGAGUGAUCGUACAACCGCUAAAACAGAUUUUUGCCGAAAACCCCGUUUCAAUUGAUAUCCAUCAGCAUGGCUUCGACUUCCGCGUGCCGACAGAACUUCCACGUCGAGGUGGAGAACGCCCUGAACAAGCAGAUCAACCUCGAGUUGUACGCCAGCCACGUUUAUCUGACCAUCGCGUCGUACUUCGACCAGGAUGAUGUAGCCUUGAAAGGCUUCCACAAUUUCUUCAAGAAGAACAGCGACGAGGAGCGCGAGCACGGCGAGAAAUUCAUCAAGUACCUCAGCAUGAGGGGCGGCCGACUGGUGAUGAAGGGCAUUGAAGAUCCUCCUGCCCAGGCCAACUACAGCUCGCCCCUGCUGGCCCUUCAGUUUGCCCUGUUCCUUGAGAAGAAGGUGAACCAGGCGCUUCUGGAUCUGCACAAGACUGCCACUGAUUGCAACGACCCUCAGUUCUGCGACUUCAUCGAGUCCGAGUACCUGAAGGAGCAAGUGGAAGCAAUGAAGCAGAUCUCAGACCUGAUCACCAACGUCAACAGGGUCGGUGAUGGUCUUGGUGUCUACAUGCUGGACAAGGAACUGCAGGACUCUUAAUUAUUCCUUCCCUUAAUUCAAAGCUUCCUGUUCUAUAACUGAUUUUAUUUUUGGAUUAGUAUCGUACUUAACGAAAAUAUUGAUCGAUUUUUGAAAUAGAAAAGACCGAAAAAAAAAUGUUUUAAUUCUCCAUUAUUAU